AUGCUUCUGAAUGCAUUUGAUUUACAACAUGAUACUCUCAAGAUAGAGCAAUGUGAUUGGAUGCCAUACGAUGUAAGCCUGAUUUCGAACUGUGAACCACCUUUCCAAAUUCAAGCUAAAAUCCCUUUAGCACCACUAGGACUAAGAGGGUGGAAUCCAAAAGAGCACGUGACUGCUCAUAUCGGUUCAGCCCAAGUCUCUCUCAUGAUUAUUGCUUUGGAAAAGUCCCGAGAUUUCGCUAAUGUUUCUUUCGUUUGUACCAGUAACGAUUUGCGACUCUUUGCAAUGAUUCUCAAUGAUCAACAGGGUACCCCGAUUCCUGCUCGUAUCAAGCUGAGUAAGCGUAGAGAUAACAAAGAUAUUGUGGAUAUAGAAAAAGUUUUCAACUCACUGGCCUUUACUAUUGUAAAACAGAUGUAUGACAAGAACAUCAGCGCAGCAGAGAAGAAGUUGAUUUUGGAACCACUCUAUGUUCCUCGCAUCGAUACAAAAGUUAGAGUUGGCCAACAAGUUCUACAAUUGACAACUGAUCAAAUCGAGGCAAUCAAAGUAGCAGUGUCGAGCAAAACGUGCUCUGUAGUACAAUCUUCAUUCGGUACUGGUAAAACUCUUGUUGGAGCUCUGAUUGCAGCUAAUGUAAGCAAAACGACCAAAAAACCCAUCUUACUUAUUGCUCAAACCAAUUCAGCUGUAGCUCAGUUUGCAAGAACAAUACAGUCCCUUGAAGACUAUAUGCAUUUGAAUCCCGUUAGAAUUAAGGCAGAGGAUAUGAAUUCUUUCUCCCCAAUUCUUUUCGAUAUUUAUGCUUCGACUCCAAUUGAUAUUCUCUCGCUAUGCAAAAGUUCCUCCUUCCUGAAUAUGUCCGCUGAUGAAAAAUCAGUGAUUGCGAGGUUUGAAGCAGUUUACAAACAACUCGAAGAUCGUGUCAAGCAAGCUAUUCAGCCGGGAAACCUACCAGGCAACAUGACCUCUCCCGAGGCCAUGACAGAUAGAGUAGAGAAUCUCUCUAAAACUGUUAAGAAUUACUACUUGUUCAGAGAUCAAGCUUAUCGCCUUGUUUUCAAGCAUAGGAAGCCGCGUGUCUUAUGUAUCACAGUUGAUAAACUUAUACGCUCUUUCAAACUCGACAGCUCAAAAAAUGAAUACUUUUUCCGUUUCGAAAAUGCGGAAAAUCCCUAUUUGACAGAUCCCGAAAUGAUAAUUAUUGACGAAAGCUCUCAACAUCCCGAAUACAACUUUCUCACGCUUCUUUCAAUCUUUCCUAAGACAAGGUUUUGCUUGAUUGGUGAUGAUAAGCAGUUAACUCCUUACUCUUCGGCACCUUCGGAAUCCAAGAUCACAUCAAUAGGUAGACGAUCUGUCCUCGAUGUUUUGGUGAACCAAGCCGCUCUGGGCAGUUGCAAUCUAUCGAAACUGUUAACAACUUUCAGAUGUCAUCCAUCCAUACUGGAACUCCCAAAUGAGCUGUUCUAUUCAAAAACUCUUAUUAGUGGCUGUAGUGCAGAGAGUAAGAGCUCUGUACUGAAAAAACUUAAAUUCCCGAACCCUCAUAAUCCUAUGGCUUUCAUAGAUGUGAAAUCAACUCACUAUAAGAGUGAGAACUCCCUAUCCUGUGGUAAUGACAAAGAGAGAGAUAAAUGUGUGGAACUGAUCAAGCUUCUGUUAAAGAAUGAGUGCGUGACGGCCCAAAACCUCGCAGUUGUUAGUUUUUAUGCUGAACAACGUAUGAGACUUUCAGAAGAUUUGAAGAAAGAUGAAAUCACCAAAGAAGUGAGAGUGAACACAGUUGAUUCGGUUCAAGGUGCAGAGUUUGAAGUAGUUAUACUUCUUACUACAAAAACUGCUUUUGCCAAAAAAGAGCCUUUCUUAACCAACCCAAAUCGGAUCAAUGUGGCUAUAACAAGAGCUAAACAUGCUUUGUUCAUUAUGGGCAGAGAACUCACUCUUAGAUCUCUUCCAGUCUGGAGAGAUCUUAUAGCAUUUUGUGAGAAAAACGCGGGGAUGCUCGGUGAGAAAGAUAUUCCACAGCUCUUCUAA